CAUGAUGCAGCGCGUCUGCCUGUCUCUGAGCCGCCAUGUUGUCGGAGUGAAAGCUUGGAAGUCUGGAAAGAGAACCGGGGUUGAAAUCUGCGACCAUCCGCCCUCUCCGCCUGCCUUGGUGGAAUGAGCAGUGUGUGUGUGUUGAAGGGUAAAGCAGUGCUCUGGCAGGACUCGUUCAGCCCCCACCUCAGAACUUCAACUCCCAGCAUGCCCGUGGUGCUGAGCAGCGGAGGACACGCCCCCCCGGCCGGACUGACCCCACAUGCCCCGUCCCCUAGCCAACAGGGCGUGGCGGGUGCGGGUCGGUCUCAGGAUGAUGCCAUGGUGGAUUACUUCUUCCAGCGGCAGCAUGGGGAGCAGCCUGGGAAACACCGCUGGCCCACUGGGGAUAACAUCCACGACAGCCAGGUGAGGUCGAUGGAUGAGCUGAACCAUGACUUCCAGGCUCUGGCUCUAGAGGGGCGUGCCAUGGGAGAGCAGCUUCUGACAGGUAAGAAGUUUUGGGAGAGUGAUGAAGCGGGGAAAGACGGACCAAAAGGGAUCUUCCUGGACCAGUGGAGGGACAGCGCGUGGGGGGCCACAGACCACUCGGUGUCUCAGCCAAUCAUGGUGUCCCGUCGGCCGGGCGGUGGGUUCCAUAGCGGCGGGGAGGUGGGCGGGUCAGUGAUGUCACCGCGGUCAGAGAGUGGGGGGUUAGGGGUCAGUAUGGUAGAAUACGUCCUCUCCUCCUCUCCCGCCGAGAAACUGGACUCCUGCCUCCGCAAGGGACCCUACGGUCCGAGGGAUGGAGAGGUGGAGGAGGAGAAUAGGGAGAAACCAAAGGUGUUUGAAGUAGAGAAACUCAAGGAGAUGGUCGAGGGUGAGGGUGAUGUCAUCAGUGAUGUCAUCAACCCUAAUGGGCUCCCUGUGCAGAACGGCCUGGACGUGGACGUCAAAGAGUACAGUCGUCAAGGCCAGAUGCCACCUGCGGGGCCAGACACUGACAUGAUGGGGGGUGUAGGGGGGUGUGUGGGUGUAGGAGGGGAGGGUAUGGUCCCCAUGGGAGGAGGAGGAGGCGGGGGUCCCAAACCCCAAGAGGACUUCUCUGGUGUGGAACAGGGUGUUACUAUGGCUACCAUGGAGUCUGUGAUGGAGCCUCUGCAGUUUGACUACAACUCCCAGAUGACCAUGGACUCACAGCCCACCGUGGGGCUGUUUGACUACAGCAACCAACAACAGUUGUUCCAGAGACCCAAUGCUCUAGCACUGCAGCAGCUGACAGCAGCUCAACAGCAGCAGUAUGCCUUGGCAGCAGCACAGCAAUCUCACAUUGGUCUGGCUCCCGCUUUUGUUCCCAACCCUUACAUCAUCAGUGCGGGUCCACCUGGAACUGACCCCUACGCUGCAGGACUGGCAGCUGCUGCAACACUGGGCCCAGCGGUGAUGCCUCCUCAGUACUACGGGGUAACUCCAUGGGGAGUGUAUCCAGCCAAUCUGUUCCAGCAACAGGCUGCAGCCGCCAGCAACUCAGCCAAUCAACAGGCUCAAGGACAGAACCAGCAGAACCAACAACAGGUGAUGCGUGGGGGCGGUAACCAGCGACCCCUGACCCCUAGCCAAGGUCAACAGGGUCAGCAGAACGACCAGCUGAUCUCCGCCGCAGCUGUCAACUCGGCGCUCGCCUUCGGACAGGGGCUGGCAGCCGGCGUGCCUGGCUAUCCCAUGCUGGCUCCAGCUGCCUACUAUGACCAGACGGGGGCGCUAGUGGUCAACACAGGAUCUAGGGGCGGACCCGUACGCCUCAUGGCCCCCGCAGGCUCUGUUAUUAUCUCUCCAUCCGCUGCACAAGCAGUGGCGGCUGCAGCAGCUGCAGGUGGUGGGGCUAAUGGCGGUAUGGGAGGUGGGGCCAAUGGUCAGUUCCGAGGCAUGCAAUCCCAGCAGCCUCAGCAGCAGGGGGGAGGGGCUAUGUCAGGAAACUCCUUUUAUGGAUCCUCCUCUCUCAGCAACUCCUCCCAAAGCUCCUCCCUCUUCUCUCAAGGUAGCCAAACAACGUACUGCUCCGCCCAGCCAGGCCCUGUCUCCGCCUCUCUGGGCUUUGGUCAGAGCAACUCUUCACUGGGAGCAACGUUGGGAGCUACGCUAGGAGGCUUUGGGACAGCAGUGGCUAACUCCAGCGGUGGCAGUGGUUCUCGUCGUGACUCUCUGACCGGCAGUAGUGACCUGUACAAACGCACACAGUCGAGUCUCACUCCCAUUGGCCAUGGGGGGUUCUACAACGGAACCCUGGGCUUUAGCUCCUCCCCCGGGCCUGUUGGAAUGCCCCUGCCCAACCAAGGCCCCUCCCAUUCCCUAACCCCACCCCCCUCUCUGUCCAAUCACAGCUCCUCAUCCAACCUCAACCUGGGAGGUCUGACCAAUGGCAGCGGUCGUUUCAUCUCUGCUGCUCCGGGUGCGGAGGCGAAGUAUCGCAGCGCCAGUUCUGGCUCAUCACUCUUCUCUCCCAGCAGCCAGCUCUUCCCGUCGUCACGGCUACGCUACGGAAUGUCGGACGUGAUGCCGUCAGGGCGGAGCCGGCUCCUGGAAGACUUCCGGAAUAACCGCUACCCCAACCUGCAGCUGAGAGAGAUUGCUGGGCACAUCAUGGAGUUCAGCCAGGACCAGCAUGGCAGCAGGUUUAUCCAGUUGAAGUUGGAGAGGGCCAGCUCAGCAGAGCGUCAGCUGGUCUUUAGUGAGAUCCUCCAGGCUGCCUAUCAACUCAUGGUCGAUGUCUUCGGAAACUACGUCAUCCAGAAGUUCUUUGAGUUUGGCAGUCUGGACCAAAAGCUGGCUCUAGCAGAGAGGAUCAGGGGUCAUGUCUUGUCUCUGGCCCUGCAAAUGUACGGCUGUAGAGUCAUACAGAAGGCCCUGGAGUUCAUCCCCUCAGACCAACAAGUUAUAAGUGAGAUGGUGCGGGAGCUGGACGGCCAUGUGUUGAAGUGUGUGAAGGAUCAGAACGGGAACCACGUGGUGCAGAAGUGUAUUGAGUGUGUUCAGCCCCACGCACUACACUUCAUCAUAGACGCCUUCAAGGGACAGGUGUUUGCCCUCUCCACCCACCCCUACGGCUGUAGAGUGAUCCAGCGUAUUCUAGAACACUGCCUUCCAGACCAGACCCUGCCCAUUCUGGAGGAGCUGCACCAACACACUGAACAACUGGUGCAGGACCAAUAUGGUAACUAUGUGAUCCAGCAUGUGUUAGAACACGGCAGAGCGGAGGAUAAGAGUAAGAUAGUAGCUGAGAUCAGAGGAAACGUUCUGGGGCUCAGCCAACACAAGUUCGCCAGUAACGUGGUGGAGAAGUGUGUGAGCCAUGCGUCGCGUGCAGAGCGGGCCGUGUUGAUAGACGAGGUGUGUAGCCUGACGGAGGGGCCCCACAGUGCCUUGUACACCAUGAUGAAGGACCAGUACGCCAACUACGUGGUUCAGAAGAUGAUUGAUGUGGCCGAACCAACACAGAGGAAGAUCGUCAUGCACAAGAUCCGGCCCCACAUCUCCACCCUGAGGAAGUAUACGUAUGGCAAACACAUCCUGGCUAAGCUGGAGAAAUACUACAUGAAGAAUGGAGUAGACCUGGGUCCUCUCUGUGGCCCUCCCAAUGGCAUCAUGUAAACUACUACCCCUACACCCCCUUAUUCCUUACACCCUUACACCCUAACUCUUACACCCUUACACCCUAACCCUUAAGGACAAGACGGACCAACAGGAACGUCAGCCGUGUGCAGUAGAUCACCUGCUGGGUGUCGAGGAAUGGUGGCCAUUCAACAUAAAGGACGGCCACCCUCUGUGCACAGCUGAAGUUUUAUUGGAAUGUCUUGUCUUCUGUACCAUAACCCCUGGCCUAUACCCUACAUGAAGAACGGAGUGGCCCGCCUAAUGGCAUCAUGUAAACUACUAUCCAUAUUUACCCCAUUAUUCCUGACACCCUUACACCCUAAACCCUAUACCCCCUCCUCCCCUUUAUUCCCCUCCUAAUGAGAUAAUGUAAACUACUAUCCUACCCCCCAAUGAUGACAUGUAGAACCCUCUUUACCUACUCCAACCCCUCCUGCUCACUCUUAUCCCCAUGGUAGCCCAUUGGGAGUGGCCUGUCUAAACAGGAAGCCUUGGUUACUUUAGCCCCUCCCCCAACCCAAGUCCUACUCUGCUAUAGUGGAGCUGUUUAGGGGGAGGCAGAGGGGUGAGGGGGAGGUGAGAUGCGUCCCACCCCUCCAUUCCUUCUCCCUUUUUUUGUUUUCCUUUAUUCGUCUUUUAAAUAAAUUAGAAUCAUUUAACUUUUUUGCUACUGCUGCGGGCCACACACUUCUAUGUCCUAUCGCUACUAUGGGAUGGAACGAACGUAUUUAAUUUGUCUGACGUCGUCACCAAAUCAGUCACACACACCUUACAAUAACAGACACGCACACCACACACACAUGCUACUCACCACACACACACGCACGCCAUGAGCUUACCAGCACACAGAUCAUUUAGCAUGGGAGAUUAGUUUCCGGUCUUGCUUCUAUAUAUAGCGUGUAUACUUGGUGUAGACCUUUGCAUAUAUAUAUAUAUAUAUAUAUAUACUUUGUAGUUUUUCUGGUUUUUGAUGUUGAAUCUGUAUCUAUAAUGUAUCCUAGUAGUGAACACAAUUUCUGACUGUAUAAUUGUACAUUUGUAAACCCUUGUAAUGUAAAAGUGAUUUACCACCCUUUUUGGUAUCAGACUAUAUAAAAAAAAAAAAAAACUCACGCAUAAAACACAUCUUAGAAAAACUCUUGUGCAUUUCAGUGUAUAUUCUCACCUCAUUGGUUGUGACAUAUGAGUUGUUGUAUAUUGUAAAUUGUAAUAUCAAUUUUUUGUUUUGAAAAGCCCUUUCUAUACUGCGUAGUACUUGUAUAAAGCCCCCCAACGCUCUGGUUUGACCUUCUACGCACUGCUUCAAUAGAAUUCACCACCUCCUCCCCAACCCCUGAACUACACCUCCCCAACCCCUGAACUAUACCACCACCUCCCCAACCACCGAAUUACACUGCAAACGUGGCGUGUCCGUUUACUAAACAUCCUUAAGCCACAGAUGAAACAAAUCCAGUGAAAUCAACGAGACGUGCUACACCAACACGUCAGUUGUGAAGCGAGUCUUUUUAUACUUCAAGUCUAUUUAAAACGCAGAGAGAGACGUGGCGUCUGACUGAAGUGUAAACAACUGAUAAAGUGGUUUCCACCUCUUGUGUAGCAGUCAAAAAACAUUACGCUUACGGAACACGCAAGACGUUUGCAGUGUAGUUUGGGGGUUGUUACCACCACAGGGGACACACUGUUAGUAGUAGUCAUGUCUGCUUUAACAUGAAGCUGUAUUUGUUUUUUAGAUAUUUUAUAGGAAUGCUGAGGGGAGGGGGGUGAGGGGGUAUGAGUUUAAAGGUUGACGCUGUGAUAUGACAUCGUACACAAUGGAGUGACUUCCUGCUUGCAGACAUCAACAAUGACCUAUUUCAAAUCUGCCAAGACUAUCACUAUUGGCUCUUCUCUUGAGGCAUGAUAUAUUAAUUGUGUUGUUAUGUCUCGAAGAAGGAAGUAGCUCCACUGUGUACUGUCAUCUCUGAGUCUACCUCAAACCCCUCUAUCCGCCCAUUCCCCCCCUCCUCUCUCAGGGGGGGUAGAGUGAAACCAUGGGUUGUACAGAAAAGAGGAGUGGUGUGUUUUUGUUUUUUGACCUAUAAUAGUCCUGUAAAAGUGAUGUAUCAUAUCAUAUAUCUCCAUGUCCCCCGGUAAAGACCGGGUGUCGCCUGUCUUGCCCUCUGUAACCAUGAUUACCAUUGUGGCAGACGGCAGCGACGUGGUGUACAUUUGGGGCACCGAGCCUUGUGUAUAUGAAUAGGAGCACCACCUGUAACCAUAAUGUGUAUAGUUAUAACAGAAACCUGUGUAUGUUUAUUGCCUGGGCAACUAUUUUUUGUAACUCCUGUUGUAGAUUGUCUCUCUAAACAAUGAUGUGUGAGUCUUUAUUUUGAAACAAAACUGAACAAAAAAACACUCAAAAUUUGAA